CCUAACACUUGAGCUCGAAAAUGGGAAAAGUAUUUCUCGAUCAUAUUGGUGGCCAGAAACUGUACAAUUGUGCCGCAUGCGAAACUAAUCUGACCAACAAGCGUGAGUUAAUCAGUACUCGAUUCACAGGGGCUACAGGUCGAGCAUACCUGUUCAAACGUGUCGUCAAUCUCACGUACUCACAGGUGCAAGACCGCAUCAUGCUCACUGGACGCCAUAUGGUGCGCGAUGUUAUGUGCAAAAAUUGCAAAGCCAAGUUGGGUUGGAUGUACGAAUUUGCUACAGAGGAAACACAAAAAUACAAGGAGGGACGGGUGAUUCUGGAGCAUGCACUCAUCACAGAGUCCGAAGGUUUUCCAGAUGCCUAACAAUAAACCAUUAAACGACGUUCGAGAAGCGCGCAGCAUAUAUAUAAGUUACUGUAGAAGGUAGGAGCAACUGUAAGUGAACUUAUAUCCUGAUUGGUGUAAGCCGCAUCGAACAAUAACCACUAGACUAUAGCGUCAAAUUGAAUCUUUUAUU